AUGGAGCUGUCAGCGAUUGGAGAGCAAGUGUUUGCCGUGGAAUCAAUCGUCAAGAAAAGAGUUAGAAAGGGGAAUGUGGAGUAUCUGCUCAAGUGGAAAGGAUGGCCUCCAAAAUACAGCACAUGGGAACCUGAGGAACACAUUCUGGACCAGCGCUUGGUGCAGGCCUACGAAGAGAAAGAGCAAAGAGACAGAGCUCUGGGUCACAGGAGGAAAGGAUCAAAAUCCAAAAGAGUCCUUCUGCAGAACACUGUCUACACCAUGGAUCUCCGCAGCGCUCACAAGACUCCAGAGAAGCCUUCACCCCGCUUGCGUCUCUCCCUAACGCGCUCACUGGACGAGGACGAGGAUGAGGAUGAGGACGAGCCGUACAGUGCCUGCAGGCAAGGCCCACGAUCGCAAGUGGCACAUCACAAAGGCAAACCCAGCAGGUCACAGUUCAGGUGCCUUGACUCAAACCCUGCGAGUCCAACACAAGAGGACUGGGAAGGCCUGGAAGACGAAGAAGAAGAAGAAGAAGAAGAAGAAGAAGAAGAAGGAGAAGAGGAGGAGGAGGAGGAAGAGGAGGACAAUGUAGAAGAUGAGGAGGAUAGGGAAGAGGAGGAGACAGAGAAGACAGACGAGUGGAGCUCUGCCAUCGUACCAGACGGGGUCACUGCAUCGGACAAGUCGGACGACGUCUGGAGACCCGUCAUUAGUGCGGGAGAGGUGACAGUCACAGACAUCACCCUCAACUCCCUCACGGUGACUUUCCGAGAGUCGAGAGUGGCCAAGGGCUUUUUCAGAGACUGGGGCCUGGAGGUCUGAAGCCAUGAAGUGGGAGUAGGUUGGCAGGGUGGGCACUGCAGGAAGGAGCUGGAGGCACUGGCUUAAUAGCAGCGUGUAAAUGGUGAUUGCGGACCAAGAGUGGUGUUUUCACAUCCUCUCUGCAACCUCUCGCUCUGCUCUUCCCCUCGAAAGCUACUUCCAGUCUGGUCAGUGGUACGUUUACAUGCACAGAGUCACCUGGAUAAAAGCCGGACUCCAGUUAAUGUUACAUUUAGGGCGAGCUGUUCACCUUUAACA